UAACUUGUUUUUGACUUGCAGUGAUUCGUUUCACUCCUGCUGUUCGUGUUCAACUUGAUCUGUGUUACGUAACUUUAAAAUAGUUUAGCAAACAUGAACUUCGCCGGUAAAGUUGUGCUUAUAACAGGUGCCAGUUCCGGCAUUGGUGCUGCUGCAGCAAAACAAUUCGCUAAACUCGGCGCAAGUCUCGCUCUCACCGGUCGCAACCUCGAUAAUCUUAACAAAGUUUCCUCAGAAUGUGAAUCCGCCGGCGCUCCCAAACCCUACGUGGUCACUGGUGAACUUACAAAAGAAACCGAUGUCAAGAACAUCAUGGACUCCAUCAUCAAACACUAUGGUAAACUCGAUGUGCUGGUUAAUAACGCCGGUGUUCUUGAAACCGGCUCGAUAGAGAACACAAAUUUGGAGCAAUAUGAUCGAAUGAUGAACGUUAACGUCAGAUGCAUUUAUCAAAUGACUCAUUUGGCCGUUCCGCAUUUAAUUAAGACACAAGGCAGUGUCGUAAACGUUUCGAGCGUGAAUGGAAUCCGCGCUUUUCCCGGCGUUUUAGCCUACUGCAUGUCAAAGGCUGCAGUAGAUCAAUUUACCAGGUGUGUCGCACUUGAACUUGCCACGAAAAACGUAAGAGUCAACUCGGUUAAUCCAGGAGUGACUGUUACAAAUCUACACACAAGGGGUGGUAUGAAUGAAGAGCAAUAUAAAGCUUUUCUGCAGAGAACCAAGGAAACACAUGCAAUGGGCAGGCCUGGACAGGCUGAUGAAGUUGCUAACACUAUUGUCUUUUUGGCAAGCAGUGAUUCAAGCUUUAUUACUGGUGCUUCCAUUCCAGUUGAUGGAGGAAGGCAUGCUAUGUGCCCAAGAUAAUUCUUUGCAUUGUAUUGCGAAUAUGUCAUAUUUUUGUUACAUUAAUCAAUAAAACUUGCCUUAAAACAUA